AUGGCGCAGGCCGUGAGCGUGGGGGAGCGGCUGCCGCAGCUGGAGCUGCUCAAGGGGCAGCUGGAGCAGGAGGUGGAGUUCCUGUCCUCGUCCCUGGCCCAGCUCAAGGUGGUGCAGACCAAGUUCGUGGAGGCCAAGGAGUGCCUGAACGUCCUUCACAAAGGCAACGAGGGGAAGGAUCUCCUGGUGCCUCUCACCAGCUCCAUGUACGUGCCGGGCAAGCUGCAGGACGUGCGCACGGUCCUGGUGGACGUCGGCACCGGGUACUACGUGGAGAAGUCUGCCGAGGCCGCCCGGGCGUUUUUCAAGCGGAAAAUCGAAUUCCUGACGCGGCAGAUGGAGAAAAUCCAACCGGCCCUGCAGGAGAAGCACGCCAUGAAACAGGCCGUGCUGGAGAUGAUGACGCAGAAGCUGCAGCAGCUGACGGCGGCUCCGGGGGUCCCGGGGGGCGCCAAGGCGUAGCCCCCCCCCCAAAAAAAACCCGGGGCUGGGGAUUUGGGGGUGCAGCCCCCCCCCAAAACCUGCACUGGGGAUUUGGGGGUGCAGCCCCCCCCCCAAAUCCCGACCCCCCCCCCCCGUUUUGUAGCAUCCCUGGAAUAAAGGCGGGACAGCUCCGA